AUGUACCUGUCUUCUACAUUUCGUGUUGUAAUAAUACUGGCAUAUUUCCUUGCGAUGUUUCCCUACAUCUAUAAGCCACUAGAUGCCGCCCGGGAGGAGAUCAGACUGAUUACGAUUCUCCCGGGGUCUCGCAACGACAAUAUCAGCAUCUCGAUUUCACACAUACCAUUUCGAAUUUCCGAAAGAGACUCAUCGAGCCGUGCAUGUCCCAAAAUUUGCUGGAGCAGCCUACAAGCAUCCUUACCAUCUGGAUGGUUAGCUGGGGAGACGCUCGAGGGUAGAACUAUAUUUCACUGCAACGGUCUGUCGAAUGAAACAUAUCCCACCGAAACUCAAAAAACAUCAACGGUACCUUAUGCUUCAUGGGACCACCCUGAUCCUACAUUUGCCCAAGCAAAGUACGAAGGAGCCUAUCCUGCAAGAAAGACUGAUCAGCACCACCCAAAAUUUGAAGCGCUUUCGUACACAUGGGGCGGAACGCAAGGCACUCGGUACAUUCAUCUUGUGGAUGGGAGCACCCUCAAGGUUGGACAGAACCUAUAUAAUGCGCUGCAGGAUCUCCGCAUGGCGUUCCAGCCCCGUGUGAUCUGGAUUGACGCUCUCUCUAUCAAUCAGGAUUGGGAAGAGGAGCGGAACCAACAGGUGAAACGCAUGCAGCACAUAUACUCUCGCGCCAGCCGUGUUGUCGUAUGGCUUGGACCUGAGUCGCAGAAUUCUACACUUGCACUGCGCACGCUAGAGUACCUUGGACAGCAAGUUGAAUAUACAAAGUCAAACUUCUGGCUGCCAGCACCGUUCCGCAAGGAGAAGGACUGGUGGCUUCCAGAGCAUCGAAUCGAUUACAGUCCCGAAGUAUGGGAUGCCAUUGUACAACUCGUACAACGCCCAUGGUUCGGCCGGCUUUGGAUCAUGCAGGAGAUACAGCUUGCGAAUCAGGAAGCGAUUGUACAAUGCGGCGACGUCGAGAUACGCUGGUAUCACCUGAGAAGGGCUUUCCUGAAGUUUCGACGCAUCACGAGCGGAAUACCACAAUUUGCUGCCGGCACCUUUGCAUUCUACAGGAUGCAUCAUCUCCUUGAUCUUGCGUUGAACAUGAAUGACGGUGGUUUUGAGAGCAUCAUGACGACAUCUCUGAACUGCCAGUGCACCGAACCUCGGGACAGGAUCUAUGGAUUGGUAGGAUUGCUUCCUCGGGCCAUGGCCAAACUCAUUGAACCCAACUAUGCUCUUCGCGUGGGAGAGGUAUAUGCGCAGACUUUGCUCCAAACAAUACGUGUCACCAAUCGCUGGCUUCCCAUGUGUAUUGAGAAAUCCGGACGGGGUCCUUGCGUGGAUGACCUUCCAUCCUGGGUUCCCCAUUACUCAGACCCCGAGACGUACAGCGCCAUCGAAGCUCCAUUGGCUUUUGCCAGUUCCUCAUCAGCAGCACAAAUUACUCACAACCCACCCAACGAGCUCGAGGUGGCUGGUGUAUUUUGUAGUGGUAUUGCCGAGCUGACGGAGCUCAUUCCUAAUGAGCCUCGAGUUGCUAUACUGAUGAUCCGCCGUUUCUGGGAGGAGACGCUAUCAGCCGGUUCAUAUCCUACCGGCGAAUAUACCCUUGAUGUGUACGCCUGGACACUGGCUAUGGGCAAAUUGAAAGAGUGCUGGACUCAGACCGACUUCGAUCCUAACCUCGCAGACGCAAAAGCAGUACUAGAAGAGCUUUACAAUGGCGAUACAGGCCACAUGGGUAAUUGUGAGAAGUGCUUCAAGCCUUGGGUGCUGCGUACAUUCCAGAGGUUGAGUGGGAGAAGACUGUUCCGUACACAGAGUGGUUAUAUGGGUAUCUGCAACAAACAUGCGCAGAUUGGCGAUCAAGUCAUAGUCUGUCUAGGCUUAUACUUUCCAAUUCUUAUUCGGCCGGCUCCACAUGGGACACAUGAACUCAUAGGCCGAUGUUUCGUUCAUGGUAUCAUGUACGGUGAAGCGAUCCUUGGACCCAUACCUAAACCUUGGAAGGUCUCGGUUAGUAGAACGACGAGCUUAUCUGGUGUUUCGGUUCUGGAACAGAGAUUCGUUAAUCUGGAAACCGAGGAAAAUACGCAUUCUGAUCCAAGACUAGGGCCGUUACCGGAUGAGUGGGAAGAGGUGGAGAUGGAGGAUGACGUGCAAAUGGGUGUAUUUUUGCAGCAUUAUAGGAGAACAGGGACCGAGGAGAUCUUCAAUUCGGACCCAAGAUUGUUUCCAGAAGCGUUGAUGGCUCGUGGUGUUAGUCUGGAGACUUUCACCUUGACAUGA